UGUUUGUAAACAAAACAGUUCUCUCCCCUGUCAGCUCCUGCACACUGCUUUGUAUGGCUGCAGCCAUGCAAAGCAGUGUGCUUACAGUGAAGCACUAACACAGAACAUGAUGUAAAACACCACACAGCACACAGUUAACCCUUUGAUCGCCCCACAUGUUAACCCCUUCCUACCCAGUACCAUUAGUACAGUGUCAGUGCUUUUUAUUAGCACAGAUCACUGUAUUGGUGUCACCGGGGAUGUCAGUGACACCAAGUCAGUUCCCUCCAGUGUCAGAAUGCCCCCCACAGUCCUGCUAU